CUAUUUAUUGUUGUGUAGACAGGUUCUUACCUAUUGGUGACUUUUUGUAGGGUCUAAACAUUCUAAUAUAGAUUGAAAAAAAAAAAAAGAAAAACAACAAUAUAAUGCUCUGUCUUGAAGGGCCUUUAUUCCAGGCCUGGCUGUCUUUUGGAGUUACGCAGACUUAGAGCAGAAGCGAGGCACUCAACCGAGCACAAACGCAUUUCUCAGUAAAGUAAUAAAACAUUAUGUCUAGAAAGAUAUUUUAGCCGAAAAUUGAUAAGAUUUCCCCUGUGAAUAUGCUGGCAAAGAAAACCCAAGUGGUAUAUCGCACAUUACCUAACCCAAUAUCGAUUUUUCCGUAUCCGCCCGUUUUUAGGUCGACAAAAAAGUACUGAUAUUACGUAAUUGCUUUUUUAUUCUGCUUAUUUUUUCUGUGUUAGACUAGAGGCGCUUAUGUAGUAAACUUAGAGCUGGGUCAACUGUCAUCAGUCAUGUGAAUACGACCCAAAUAAUAUCUAUUCUCGAAUUUUUCGCAUCCUACUUCGACGUACACGAACGAAUUUAAUCGGAACCACAACAGCACUAUCAAAAAAGCAAAAUCGAAAACAAAAAAAAAAAAGUUUUUUACUAGAAAUGCAUGAGCUUGUUUAGCGGAAAUCGAUCUACAAACCCUCCCCCCAUCCCAGCCACGAUCGAAUCAUGUACUUAUAACUACUUGAAAACAAUCGAUGUCGUUGUAUAUCAAUACGUAGUGUCAAAAAGUUAUAAACAUUAGAUGGUUUCAUGUGGUACCCUAGGCCUUCUAUACGGAUUAGGCGCGGUCUGUUUGGAGUGCACCGGAAUUGUAACGGCGUAUUCUCAGCGGGACCGAGCUUUGCGAGCCCGCCACUGGGGGCGCUGCCGCUUGUUUUCAGUCUUUCCAUAGCUGAUCGGAAAGGAUCGCGCUGACAUAUCGGCGAGGAAAGCGUAUGUCGUCUCGAUGGCGUUGUAGCGACGUUGCAUGUGCGGCAGAAAUCCGCAGAGUGAAUGACGCAGCGCCGCUGGCCAACGGCGUGAUCAAAUGUGAAAGUGUCUGCACUCCUCUGUAAUUUCGUAGCCAGAAGGAGCUAUGCGAUAAAACGGCGAGGGGUGAACCGCCACGGCAGCAUGGGGUUGAAGAAAAGCUACGUGGUGCUAAUCUCCGCGAGUUUGUUGGUAAGUUUCCUUGGCUGCAUAGGAAUCCUGACGCUUCAUCCGCUCUUCCAGACUCUGUUGAGCCAUCGUUUACCCCUUAAGCCGGGAAGUGAAAGUUAUAACGGGUGGAAGAAAGUGCCAUUUCCAAUUUACCAACGAUUCUAUUAUUUCAACGUUACCAAUCCCGAUGAGUUCUUAAAUUUCGGUGAAAAACCCGUCUUGGAAGAAGUUGGACCGUAUACAUGGCGAUCCGAAUGGGUAAAAGAAGCUGUCGAAUGGCACGCAAACGGGACUCUUCAAUAUCGUGAAAGAAAACGUUUUUGGUUUGAUCGAGAACAAUCGGCGGGCGACCAAGAAGAUGUUAUCUUCACAAUAAACACACCACUUGUGGCGGCUAGCCAGAAAAUCCGAAACGCAUCGCCGUUAAUCAAAUUGGCCUUUUUGAUAUUUUUAAAUGCAGCCAAUGAAACGCUGUUUAUCAGGCGUUCGAUCAGACAGCUUACCUACGAAGGAUACCCGGACGUUCUCGCCCAUAUUUCUCACGUGAUCGACCCAAAUGUCCCGGUGAAGGAUGGCCGCUUUGCGUACAUGUCGGGCAAAAAUGAUACCGACGAAGGUCUUUUCAAUGUGUACACAGGAAGCGUUGAUCUCCGGUACUUCAACAGGAUUGACAAGUGGAACGGAAGAACCGAGCUGCCCUGGUGGGAAUCCGGAACCCCUUGCGCUAAGCUGCUCGGCACGAAUGGGGAGCUGGUACAUCCAAUCGUUUCAUCUGACGAACAUAUCUACUUUUUCAAUCCUGUUUUCUGCAAGCCGUGGAGAUUAACGCGAGCGCCCGACGUCGAUAGUCUAGGAAUUACCCUCACACGAUUUGUUGCAGGACCCGAGGUGCUAUUCAACUCAUCACGAGAACCGGCUAAUCGCUGCUUCGAAACACCGGGUAAAUCUCUACCGUCCGGCGGAAUGGAUCUCUCGCGCUGUCAAUUUGGCCUUCCACUCGUGCUCUCCUACCCUCACUUUUAUGCCGCAGAUUCGAAGUACCUAGAAAAGGUUGAAGGCUUAAGCCCGAACCAAGAACGGCACCAGUUUCAAAUCGAUAUAGAACCGCGUCUGGGCAUAACGUUAGGGCUGUCUGCGAGAGCUCAGAUCAACGUCAAAUUGGAGCGCGUCGACUUCCUGAAAUAUUUCCGUUCUGUUCCAGAACUAGUGUUCCCUGUUUUCUGGCAGGAUGUUGUCAUCGAGCAGACCCCGGCGUUUGCCGACCACAUUCGGGUCCUACUGGAUAGGCCUUUGUUCUAUGCGCAAUUUGCUUUCCGGUUCAUGACGAUGUGCGGGUCAUUGGUUGCUCUGGGCGCAUACAUUUAUGUGGUCAUUCUGGCUAAAAAGGAAUCCAAGACCGAUUCGGUCCUCUUUUGGACGACGAAGAAAUCAAUGAAGAUGAACACGGAGAAGGUGACGUCGCAGAAGACUCCGCUUCGGGACAAAGUCAAGGACAUUGAUAAAGUCAGCAGAGAAAGGAGUCUGAAGGAUAGCAACAACCAGACAAAAGCGAUAGCCCCCAUUUCGCCGUCAGCGCCUCCGUUGAAUAAUCAAAAAAUACUAGAGUCAGCCUUAGCUGGAGGCCCCCCGAGGUCGGCGAGUGCGUCAUCGACUGAUGUUGACCAACAAUACGCCAAGGACAAUGCGCGAACGUGGCAUGUAAACAUGUUCAGUGCGAAUCAUGAGAACAAAAGGACCUGUAAUAUCAUCAUUCCCAGAUAAACUUUCGGUAGAACGGCAAUCCGGUAACAAAGCGAUUUCUGAAAGCUGGUUUUUCACGGCACAACUGCACAAAACGGCUGAUUAGCAUAUAAUGUUAUGCUGCUUAGGUUAUAUGGUUAGAUAUAAUUCUUGAUCAGCGCGAACAAAAACCGGUUUCAGCUUUCUACAUGUUGCUUCCCUUUAACACUAAAUCAAUGCCGUAACACAGUUCGUAAGCUGGUAUACAUAAAGGAAAGAAAGGUUAUGCUAACCUUUCAGGCUCCCUACUAUUGUGUAGCCGUUGCGCCGUGCGCUUGUCAUAGCUAAGAAGAAUGUUUGUGAUCGUAGCACUCCUUUGUGAAUCUGUGAUGCUAGUGGCUUGUAGAUGGCGUAGGUACACGAGGUCUGAUUAUAGGAUUCUAGAUGUACGGGUUACAAAAACAUUAAAUAUCUAUUUGAUGAUGUAUGUACGUACAUACACAUACUCAGUCGUAGCCUAUGGCGAGAAUGAUCGACCUACUUUUUUGCCACCGGCAUCCACUAAUGAACGCAUAUAGCUAGCUAUUCAGACUCGAACACGAGAUACCUCUGCUCGGGAGCAGAUCUGACCCGAUUUAGAUUGUCAGCUUCUCUAUACGUUGUAAGUAUGCUUGCUUGCUUGCUUGCUUGCUUGUGCUGUGAAUAGCAAAUAAUACUCUACUGAGACGUACAUUUGUUUUUUGAAACUGUCUAGAAAUUCAGUUGUCUAGGUUUUUCCUUCGGAAAUCUCAUUUUAGGCUCGCUGUUGCCGUCUGCGUUUCAUUACGCAGUACUAAUUAUCGUACUAACAAACUAACAUAAUGAAUUGAUAGUAUAUAAAAAAAAACCACGAUAACUGUUAAGGCCGACCGUAUUUUGAUACCAAAUAUAAACAACGUUCGCUUUACUUUGUGCGUAAACAAUAUAGCAGUGGUUCCUGAGGUCAAAUUGUAGAUAGUAUUUAACGUUGUAGAUUCGCUCUCGAGAUGUGCCAUUGAAAAUUGUGUCGAGUUAUUGAUGCAUGUUUUUCCUCCUUUUUUUAAUUUUUGCUUUAAUUGUUUUCUUCCUGCGCCUGACGGAAG